UCAAAACGAGGAAGCCACAUCUUCUCUCCUGCCUCCGACGUCGAUUCGGUUUCUCGGCGCUGUACGGCCGCGACGCUUCCUCCCUUCCCAACCUUCUGUCCUCUAUAUAAACCCCUCUAUUUUCUCAUUUCUCUCUCGUUGUCUCUCUCUCUCUCUUGGAUUUUCAUCGAACAGUAAGGCAAUCUGGGAAGUGACUGCUAAAGUCCUUGGUAUCCAAAAUGAUGGGAUCAUUUCUUACAAGGGGCCUUGUGAUGGUUCUCGGCUAUGCCUAUCCGGCUUAUGAAUGCUUUAAAACUGUGGAAAUGAACAAGCCUGAGAUUGAACAACUGCGGUUUUGGUGCCAAUACUGGAUUUUAGUUGCAGUGUUGACAGUUUUCGAGAGGGUUGGUGAUACCUUCGUUUCAUGGUUGCCUAUGUACAGUGAAGCCAAGUUGGCAUUCUUUGUGUAUCUGUGGUAUCCUAAAACAAGGGGCACGGCAUACGUCUAUGAUUCCUUCUUGAGGCCAUAUGUUGCAAAGCAUGAGACAGAAAUUGAUCGUAACUUGCUGGAAUUAAGGACCAGGGCAGGAGACAUUGCAGUUCUGUAUUGGCAGAGGGCUGCAAGCUAUGGCCAGACAAGGGUUUUUGAAAUUCUGCAGUAUGUUGCUUCCCAGUCACCAAAGCCUCGCCCCGCACAGCAACAGCAGAAAGCUGGGGUUCGUCCGCCACCACCAACUGCACCUACUCGCCAACCUGCCACACAGCAGACCCAGCCCGAACAGCCACUGUCACGUCAACCCUCAAACCCAGCUACAGUCCAGCAAUGGGAGCCAAGUCAGGAAGCCGACCCCACUCCUGUACCUCCAUCAGCAGCUCCCCAAGCACAAACCACAGCUCCUGGCCAAGCCAGCACUGAAACUACCACAGCCAGUCCAUCCGCAGUAGCGCCAAGCGAGGGAGAAGCGAUGCAGGUCGAAACGACGGCCGCUGUGGUAAAUGGGAGUCCGAAUCCUCCCCCACAAGAAGUGGUCAUGGAGGAAGCCAUUGGUGUGAUGCGUAGAAAGUUGAGGAAAACUAGAGCGGCAACAGCACCAGCAACAAACCGUUAGUAGUAAAUCUCUCUCUCUCUCUCUCUCUCUCUCUCUCUCUCUCUCUCAUUUUAGCUUUGUUAGUGGUGGAAAACAUGAUUGGUUUGAAUUGCCUUUUCCAAAAUCCCCCAAAUGUAAGUAAACAAGAAAGAGAAGACAACGAAGACUGUUGGAUAAAUUUAGGUAGUUGAUGCUGUUGAUAUAUGGUUAUUCUGUUGCCAUUCUUUCAA